UACUCAUCUUUCCUCUGCAGAUUUCUUUUCCUUAAUUUAGAAAACUUUUUAAGCUAAUUAUAAAUUCAAUAAGUAGAAGUAGACAAGUGAAGUGCAAUCGAUAAAAUCCUACACGUGCCACUGGUAUGUAUUUACCUUCCUGCUCACAGUUUUCUAUAAUUAAUCGAGCAUGUGAGAGCGGUCUCGUUACCCUCCCGAGGUGUCCGGAUAGACAUAGUCGUGAAAAAUGCACAUAACGUGUAAAAUUGGCGGCGCGGACAUCGCUCCGGUGCGGAUAAUGGAGCGUGAUAAAUCUCCGAUUGCCGCUCUAAGGAGAAACUGCUCGCCAUUGGAUGCUGAUAAAAAAGCAGCAGGUGUCAACCAGCGGCAGCCAGUGCAAAAGCAGGCUAAAAAUACAACGUUUACUCGUGUCGCGUUGGCGUAAAAUUGCGGCUCGUUCACGCGACAUGUUCAUCGGUGUGUCCCCGAUAUGUAAUCACGAUGUUCGUCGACUCUGAAAAAAGAGCUCACCGCCUUUUGUUGUCCAUGAUAAAGUGGACAACGGACAGCGCGCGAGACGUUCGACGAAACUGGAAUUUAUUCUCGAAGGCUAAACGCGUAGCCGAUAAGCGAGUAAGCGGUAUCCUUGUAACGUUUAAAUUAAUAAAAUGAAAAUGUACAUUAAUCACGCACGUACACACAUACCCAUGCACAGAAAAAAACUUCAUCUUGCACGUUUGUAAACUGGAGUUUAAAUCUAGAGUCAACAAAGUUACGUCCGACGAGUGAUGACGUGGAUAGAAAUUACAGACAGCGUAAAGAACGUCAUUCCCUUUAGAGGGGCUACAGACAGACAAACCCUCCAGGCUUCCUUUUUUCCACCGCCUGCCCCAUCGUCAUAGCAACCCCUUGCAUUCAGCAGCUAGUCUAACCAACCGAUCUGCCCCUCGUGUUGUCUCGUUUCUCGUUGCUGAGAGUAUCUAUGUAUACGUAUAACAUAGUUUCACUCUACCCUCUCCUUGCAUUUAAUCAGGUCGUAGCGAAGGCUUUAAGUGCUUAGUGGUAAAUUGCGGUGUGAAAGUUCCAUCAGUCGUUUCACAACAAGGCCAAAAUUCUUCUUGACAUCUCUGAACAUCUCUCGCAGUAUAAAUCAUUGUCGAUAGACAGACAGAUUCUUUAAAAUUGUUCAAAUGAAAAUUCUAAAGUAUCAAUAAAAAUAGCGCAAAGAUCUUUAAGCAUUUCCCGAGUGCGCAUAUUCUCUCGAACAAACAAUUCCGCAGCAAUCCGUAUAAUAUAUAAAACAAUUUAUUUAAAACUAUAGUAUAAGACAGGGUUUUUAACUCUUUACUAUAUAUAACUGGUCUUGUAGAAUAAUUUUAUUUCAACAUUAAUUUUUAUCUUAAAUUAGAGACAGCGAAAUAUUAUUAAUCAUCCUGUGAUCACCAUUUGUUCCCGCAAACGAUUUCGGUCUUUAAACUAUAACAUAAUUGAGCUAUUUCUUCGACGAGAAUGGAAAACUCUAGCACAAUUGAAUAAAGUAUACCAACUCAAUGCAGUAGUCGCGGUCCGUAAACUCGUCAGACAACUCAACGAGCCGAAUGAUAACUUUGGCUGUCCCCGUGAAAUUAUUCAUGCUUUUUUUUAUUAUCUCUCGACUGUGACUGCGCCACAGAAUUUGCUCAUGACGGUUUAGAUUCACGACAUCUCGUCAAUUUGCGAUUACUAUCGUCGCGCGUUGUCGAGUCGCAUGGCACUCCCGGCGAUUCCACUUGAAGAAACCUGUAUAAAAGCUCGAUCGCAGAUUCGGUGAGUCGUGAGACCGCCAUCUCGAGUCGAGGAGAAGAGAGUGCCAUUUCCCCGUAGAGAGAAAAUGAAAGUGCUUCCGGUGCUUGGCGCGUUCGCUGUCUUAAUCGCUGGCCAGGAUACGAAAACCGUGGUGUUCCCGCCUAGCGGAAAUGGCUCGUCUUUGGAGAUGGGAAGUAAAGUCGAGCCGGUACCUCAACCGGAUAUGACUCGGGGGACGGUCCUUGCGACCUUCGUACAGCCGCAGCUGCAACCACAGCCGCAACUGCAGCCGCAGCCGCAGCCGCAGCCGAUGCUGCCCUCGGAUUACUUUUUCCCCGUGCCGCAACGAGCGUUUCUGCGCCAUAGGAGCGAGGGCAUACCCUUUGGAUACGAAUACUCUAAUAUCGGAUAUCCAGUGGCACACUCGAUGGAACACUCUAUGGUUCCCUCGAAACAACUUGUAAUAGUCAGUUUCAUCGGCCUCCUAUUGCUCCUGGCUAUUAUACAAAAUACGCUCAGUGCUGUCAAGCGGAAAGAUGCAAUAAUGGAUUUACUGUCCUCCAGGCACAAACGGGAUGUUUAUGCUAUACAUGAUUUUCACUCCGUGACCCCGGUGGAAGAAGAGAUUCUUAAUAGCGAUGCCAGAGUACGAUGCAUACAAAGAACGAUCUGUCUUGAAAAUCGCAAACUCUUCCGAGACUUGGGCGCACCCGGUGCAUUGUUGGCAAAGUAUUUGACGAAGGAUAUAGAAAAGUCAUUAAAGUCAUCUUCAGGAUGGGAUCGUCUCGUAAGGGAUGCGGGUGCAGCGGGUAUUCGAGGCGAGGAUUGUAAUGUGCUUUAUAGAGAUUGUGACGUUUCUGUGACAAGAAAAGUGCAUGCAAUCUCGGAUAACGUUUCGACAUGAAAAAUUGCGAUAACUUUAAUUCAACUCGUUAACUAUAAAAAAUUGUAAAACGCUAUUUUUAAUAUAUGUAUAGGUUUGUUUUUUUUUUAGGAAAUGUGUCUGUGUAUUAAAUUGUAUAGUACUUGCUAUUUUACUUAGAUUAGCAAAUUAUCGUAGCGAAUUAGUAAUUGUAAUAUACGCUUUUAACAAAAGAAUGUAACGCUGAUGUUAAGUAAUUGAUAUAAUUAAAUUAAUUAAAUAAAAUUCAUUUUGUGACAUUUUGUUUACUGCAUUAUGAGCUUAUGAUAACAGGACGGGUAAAUAAAAAGACUGGCAAUAUUAAUGACUUUUUAAUUUUAAUUACAAUAUGCUGUUUUGUUCAUUAUCUUCUACAAACAUCGAUAUCUAACUUGAACUAGUUUAGAGCUUAGCUGUUCGGGCUUUAUUCUUUAUUCGCUUUUAUUCUUUUUUUCGGAAUUAUAAGAAAAUAUCAAAUAUCGCGAACAAAAUGGAGACAUCGAUCGCGCCUUCAGCAUUUUCUGUGUUGGCUUCUUUUCAUUCUCCUUCUUCUGUAAGUAUCGUCCCUUCCCCUCAGCUAAUUAUACAAUAACGCAUCCAAUAUUAUCGUUAGCAUUAAGGCAUUAUAUGCUUAUAAGUUUUGUGUCUCAAUCGCUGUUAUAUCGUAUCUGUUACAUAACACGCUAAACUUACACUUAAAUAGACGUGAGAUCGCUCGUUACAAUAGUCCAGAACUGCAGUCCAAAAUUCUAUUUUACAGCAAAGUUGUUUCGAAAUAACGUGCUGCACGAGUGGAAUCCCUUCGCUACCAAAAUCGAGAUACAACGUAGUCGAAGGCAAGAUCCCUGCUUCUAAGACACAACUUUCUCAGUAGUUUCACACGAAAUUUAGAUUUGUAUUCGAGUGCCAGCUAGAAUACCAAUUUGUUUUAUUAUACAUAUUUUUAUUAUUAUUAUACAUAUUGUAUUUCGUACGUCCGUAUAAUCAAAUGUCGGGAAUAUAAUUUGGAAAUUCCGGCAUUAUCGUUUUCUGUUUCAAGUCGUUAAGGCCCGUUCUACAAUAAGUCAUAUGCCGGAGUCGGAUGUCGCGAAUCAUUUUUCGAUACUUUCAGCUACAAAAAUAAUUUUACAUUAUUAAAAGUAUUUUUUGUAUUAUAUUGCUAAUAAUUUAAAGAAACAAAAAAUUUACCUGACAUAUUUAAAUUUUUCAAACUUUCGGAAAGUUUUCACCACAAAUCAUUUUUUAUACUAUUUUUAAAAUCCACAUCGCGUUUGUCAUAUAAACAAUGAUUUUCACGCACAAAAUCAAUCAUUAUUUCAUCUAUAUUUAUUGAUUCUAUGUUAAAGAAUAAUAAAACAGAUUAUUAAUUAUUGCCAGUCGUAAUCGUAAAAAUCGAGAGAUGGGACCAUCUCUUGUUUCGAUUGCGACAAUCGACUUGCAACAGCUUCAUAUGAAACCAACAACACAAUAGGCAUUCGCCCGAUAUGCGACUCCGACUUGUCGCCCAUAUUGAUAACAAUUUUAAAUAUAUUUCCAACAUUAAUAAUAGUAAACUUUAUUAACGGGUAGCACCCUUUAAUAUACAUAAGUUUAGGCAUAGCGCGGAAUAUAUAAAUAAAUAAAAAAUAAUCACUGAUUAUGAGAUCGCACAAAUAACAUUCAGUUUAAAAAAAUUAACACUUCCAUGAAAAACAAAUCCACCGAUGUAGAAACCGAGUUAGCAGCAGAGAAUAAUCUGUGUACACUGGAAUUUAAACCAUAUAAAGUUCUAUGACAAUCAACAUAAAAAAUAGGAGGGUGUAUCAAAGAUUUAGGCAGAACGUUUAAUCAUAUUAACUCUAGCAAACUUGGACAAUCAAUUUUAUAAUUUAGCAACUUAAAGAUAAAAACAAGAUCAUUUAAAUUUCUUCUUUUAAGCAGGGAUAGCAUGUCCAAUUUAGCUAGAAUCGGCCGAUAGUCGUGACAUUUCAAUGGCAUAGGCAUACCCAUAUGAUAGCAGGCAAAACGCAGGAAUUUAUGAACUUUCCGGUUUCCAUUGCUACGUACAGAUUAUAUUAAUCUGUGCAUAUAACCACGACUGAUUGUAGAAUGACAAGUCGUAUUCGAUACUUCGGAAUACGACAAACGAUUCGCGACAUCCAAUUCCGACAUACGACUUAUUGUAGAACGGGCCUAAGCGAUUUUCUUAUCAUUACUCUUUUACCGUUGCUGUAUAGAAAAUUGGCUGGAGCAGAAUUUUGGAGUGCAGCUCAGCGGGCUUAUCCUGUAACUUUUUAACAUAUGCAUUACAACUAUACGAAAGAGAAAAGAAGGAAGGCACCGAGUGCACGCGCCUUCGGAGAAUUUAUGGAAAAGGUGCCGCUUUAACAUUUAUUUUAUUAUGAUACUGCAAGACUGGGUAAACCAGAAAUAUGAAAAAUUUCUUGUGUUUAGUUUUCGUUUAACACAUGCGCUACAACGGUAACACACGUUUCAAGAGGGCUCGUAAUGCAUGCUUCACGGUCUCACCUUGCGUAAAUGCAUCUUAACGCAGAGAUGAUACAUUUAAUUUGUAUAUAUUUAAUAUACCAAUUACGCAUUUAGCAAACCACCAGAACGCAGUUAUUGAUGCGUUUGUUUCACCGGUGCUUAACGUUCACGUUACAUAAAGUAACGAUAAAGUAAUGUCAGUAAACACCAGCAGUAGGGCAUCAUAAAACAUUGUAAUGUGAUCACGAAUUGUUUUUCGAUUACGCAAUUAUUAAAUCAAACUAAAGUAAAUAACAAUAAAGAGAAAUUUUAUUUCACUUCCCCUUUAUUGUUCCAUUACAGUCGAGCUGAAAAUGGCUUCAUCAUAGAUUGAAAUAUAACUCACACUCCAAA